AUGAUAUGCUCUCAAAAUGAAACAGAAAGUAGCACAAUACAGAGACAGAAGGACCUUGUUUAUGUGCAGGAGUACCAACCUCUAAAAGAAGACAUCAAGUAUCUGCGUGUCCUUUUGUAUGGUCAUGUUGGAGCCGGAAAAUCCAGUUUCAUUAACUCUGUCAGUAACGUUCUUCGAGGCCGAAUGACAAUUCCUGCUUUAACCAGUGCGAUGACCUCCGACAGAAGCUUCACCAUAAAAUAUGCAACUCAUAAAUUCAGUAAAGGACGGGGAAGUUCAAAUAAAUUUUACCCUGUGGUUUUCAACGACAUCAUGGGUCUAGAAGAUGGGAACAACAGUGGGAUUCAUCCUGACGACAUCAAGCUGGCUUUAAAAGGACAUGUGAGGGAGGGUCACAAGUUCAACCCAGCAGGCAAACUGGAACGUGAUGAUUUUGGUUACAACCCCUCGCCCUCUACUGAUGACAAAGUGCACGUUCUGGCCUGUGUUUUGUCAGCCAACACUCCACAAAUUAAUGCUUCAGUUCUGCAGAAGAUGAAGAAUGUCAGAGAAACAGCCAGUGAGCUGGGAAUUCCCCAAAUCGGCCUGAUGACCCACAUUGAUUCUGCCUGUGGUGAAAUUGAAAAAGACCUGAAGAAUGUGUACAGGAGCAAACACCUGCAAAAAAAAAUCAAAGACUUCAGUUCAGCAGUGGGACUUCCUCUGAACUGCAUCUUUCCUAUAAAGAACUACAGCGAUGAAAUUGACAUGAAAGAUGACGUUGAUACUCUGAUCCUGAGUGCCCUGACGAAAAUUAUUGACUUUGGAGAUGACUUCAUUGAGAAAUGUUAAACUGAACCUGACAGGAAAAACAAUGGUUUCUGUAAUUUUUUUUGAAGCAUGUAUUUUAAAAAAAACUAUAUAAUGAGGGAUAGAGUUAUUAUAAUAUAAUCAUGGCGAAAACAUAUAUGAAAAUAUUAAGAGGCAACUGCCAGCUACCUACAGUGGAGUAUAAGGGCCAUUAUAGUGAGAGAAAAUGUUAAAGAGUAAUUUCACACAUAAAGGAAAACAUAUUUUUUUUCCAAGAAUAAAGAUAUACAUUUUUAGUAUAUAAUCAUAAAACUCGGAAUUUAAUCAUUGAUAAUUAUGGUCUUCUUUAUAGAAUUUAAAACUAAUAAUUUAUCAAUUCCCUGAUAUUUUGGCAUAAAUGUACAGCUUGUUGACCAUAUGAUUUUUUUUCUUGAUCUAUAGUAGACUUAAUGCUCCACUGAGGUAACUCAUUGUAUAGGGGCUAAAAAGGACAAUGUUAAAUAAAAAAAAAUGAAAUAAAAGUGCAAUGAAAUUAAUAAACAAACAAUUUUAACGGAAUACACAAUUUAUCUAAUGGUUAAUCAGAUAAUUGCCAAAAUAUGCCAUAAUAUUUAAAUGCAUGUCAUGAAAAAAAAUUGUAUUUAUAUAUUUUAAGACGUUGGGUUUAUCUGGUAAUGUAUUAUUUUAGUGCUGAUUUCAUCAAAGGAAAGAUUUUCUUAAUUAUUUAUUUUUAGCGGCAGUUGUUAAUUCCAAAGAUAUUUGUUGUACAUUCUCUAGGUGUUCGGACAUUUUCCUUUUGAUUACUGUUCAUAGGGAUAUGAUCUGAUCUGAUCUUGGGCACUGAGCUAUUCUGUUGGAAUCUUACGUGCUGUAUCUGUUUUUGAUUGAUAAAUCUAUUGUUGACGUGUGUGUUGGGGGGUGGGGGAUGACAAAUAACUUUCCUUGCUGGUUUAAUAUGGUAUGCAAUGCUUAACUGACAAAUAAAGGACAAUUUUACUUGA